AUGGCUGCCGGGGGCAAGGAGGCCACGCUCGUCGGGGUACCCAUGGAGUGCAUCAAGCACCGGGUUCAGCUCGGAGGGGGGGUGCUGCACACAGACAAGCGGAACGCCGUCUACAACGUGGUCCAGUGGACGACUUAUCCCAUUGCGCUGAAGCUUCUGAGUGGGGAGAGAAGAGAGCUGGGGUCGGUACCGCACUGGAACCAGAUGCAAGCAGGCUUCCUCGCUGGCAUCGCCACAGCCUUCGCCACUCAGCCAUUGGACACGAUCAACACGCGCUUGCAGACGCAGAACCUCAAGAUGGCCAGCGCUCAGUACGCCGGUAUCAGGAAUUGUGCUAUGACCAUCAUCCGAGAGGAGGGCGUCUCGGCGUUAUAUCGGGGGGUCGUCCCUCGAGCGAUGAACUUUGGGAUCGGAGCCGCCUGCUUCUUCUUCAUGUUUGAGAAGAUCAAUAAAGCUCUAGCUUCUUGA